UUGACAUUAAUUCGACUCAUUUUUAAGUUCAAAAAUGAGCUCAAUUUGAUUUUUAUUCCAAUUAGAUUCCAAUUCGUUUACCUUAUGCAUUAAACUUUUAAUUCCCAAUAAGGCCCGAUUUGGUUCCCGUGGACGCCGUGAGUGAGUAAUUCUUGUACAAUCCAAGAAAAGCCCCAAGGAGUCGAGCUCUGGACCAACGUGGACGGACAGACAAUCCUUGCUAGUGGGAAGCCACAAAGUCCGGGCACCAACUAACCCGUAAAAAGCAGCUAAACCAGGCGACCAAAAGCAGCAGUAGGAUAAACAUACGCCAUGUCUAAGGCUGUGAACAACAUGAGCAUGGGGGUUGUGGAGCCACAGGAGCGGAUGAAGCACCUGUCGCACUGCGGAAACCUCAUCGAAGUGGACAAGAACCAGCCUGUGACGCGCUACUACCGCUCGGGCACGGAAAUGCUGCGCAUGGCGAACGUGUAUCUGCAAGAGGGCAACCACGAGAAUGCCUUCAUCUUGUACUUGCGCUACAUGACCCUUUUCAUCGAGAAGAUUCGCCAGCACCCGGACUAUGGCAACGUCAAGGCCGAGGUGAGGGACAUUAACAAGCGCAUCAAGGACGAGAUAAUGCCUACAACGGAGAAGCUGCGCGCCCAACUGUUGGCCCACUACCAACGCGAGUACCAGCAGUUCCUAGCCAACAAAGAAGCGGAGCGUGUCAAGGAGCUGGAGCGGGAGCGCGAACGGGAGCGGCAACGCCAGAGGGAGCUGGCCAGUCGGCAGGUGGCGGGCUCCAGCAGCAUACCCUCGAUCAUCCCGGCCAAUCUGCACGUGCUGAUUGACGAGGGUAACCAGCCCUCGGCCCCGGAUCUCGGCCUGUUGGACCAGGUUGUCUAUCCGAACGACUUUCCCACAGGAGCCAAUCGCACCAACCUACCGGGCUCUGGGCUGCUGCUCCCAGCGGCAGACGCGGCCUUCGACAAGACAUCCAACUCAAAGCCCAACUUCGACCGAAACCAGAAGCCGUCGUACAACCGCACCGAUUCCUUGCUUGCCGGUUCAUUGCGUAUCGUCCACGUACCUGGCGACACCAUGGAGGUGUUUCUGCAGCUAGCGAAGGCAAACACCUCCAACAACAUCGAGACGUGCGGAGUGCUCGCUGGUCAUCUGGCCCAGAACCAGCUCUACAUCACGCACAUCAUCACGCCGCAGCAACAGGGCACGCCCGACAGUUGCAACACUAUGCACGAAGAGCAGAUAUUCGAUGUGCAGGAUCAGAUGCAGCUCAUCACGCUCGGCUGGAUCCAUACUCAUCCCAGCCAGACCGCUUUCCUGUCCUCCGUGGACUUGCACACGCACUGUUCCUACCAGAUGAUGAUGCCGGAGGCCCUGGCCAUCGUGUGUGCGCCCAAAUACAACACCACUGGUUUCUUUAUACUCACGCCCCACUACGGAUUGGACUACAUCGCCCAGUGCCGGCAAUCGGGCUUCCACCCCCACCCGAACGACCCACCCCUGUUCAUGGAGGCGCAGCACAUCCAGAAGGAUGCUUACACGAAGAUCAAGGUCAUCGAUCUGCGCAGAUAGUCGCCCAGCGAGGCAGCAAAGCUAAUUUAGCAAUUGCGGUGGGGGACCCUCACCUCAUAGAUCUAACAUCACCAGCAAAAGCUCACAAUUUCAGUUGUCCCAUGGAACCCAAUGGAAUCCCCAGGGACUUCCGCAGGAGGAAAGCGAAUUCAAACAGUGAUUAACCAUAGACGGUAUAUAGAGAGACAGAGAUACAUAUUUUCGGACUACAGAGGGGAUGUAUUUUUGCAUGCAGCUGAUCCCAGUCCCAGGAUCAGGGACUUCUAACAUCCAACUAUUUAGAGCACUCGGCGGCAUUUGUUGUUUAAUUUGAUGUACUACCAGCUUUUGCGUUUCGUUUUCUCUUAAGAACCCAAUGUGAUUUACAAUUGUGGCUUACUCUUUCGUUCGUUACUAUCUAUAAUUAUUAAUAUGUUGUCAGGCCUGUGGCAGCAGAUCCCCAGCGCAACCUACUGCAGAUGCUUCUCGGUAGUGUCUGACUAUUGCUAACUAAAUCCGCAAUAACCUGUUGGUAAAAUAAGAAUCAUCAUAAAAUGCUAUACCUUUUAAUUAAACAACAAGUAUUUUUCCUGAA